AUGGAUUCGAGUGCUCAACCAGACAGAUUCUCGAACCUACCUGAUGUACUUCUGGUCCUGAUCAUUUCUUGCUUGCCUUUCAAGGAUUGCAUAAAGACCAGUGUCCUCUCCAAGCGGUGGAGGUAUCUCUGUCUUCAAACCACUAAUGUUUCUUUCAAGGAAUCCGACUUCGUGAACCCUACUCUCGACGAAACAUCCUGGAUCUCUGCUAGGCAUGCAUUUAUUGAUUAUGCGUGUCGAUGGGUCGAUAGAAUCCAAGAUCAAGACGUCGAAAGUUUCGAGAUUAGCAUCUCUCGUCCUUCUAUUUACAUGAGUGUCAUCGAGUCCCUGAUCGCGUUCGCCGUCGGAAAACAAGUCAAGAAGCUAGUUCUCGAUUUCUCAAAACCUAUUUGGAAGACCACUCGUGAUGUGCAUGAAUAUUUGGAUCUCACUGUCGAAGUUCCCGAGAGCGUUUACAACUUAACGUCUCUAGAGUCUUUGACGGUUAGGGCGUGCAGAACGUUUGAUCCCUUGAGGUUCAAAGACGUAGGGAUUUUCAAAAGCUUAUCUUUUGGGUAUAUGAGACUGGAAAAUCUCGAGCCUUUGCUAUCAAAGGCUUCGGGGCUUGAGAGUCUAAGUAUCAAUGAAUGUUGGGGACUUGAUUUCAAGAAGAUAGCUGGGAAUAUGAGAGAAGUUGCCUUUAAGAACUGUGACUUCCCUUGGACUACUUGUUCCUUUAACCUGCCUAAAGUUGAUAUCUUCAAGUACUCCGGAGAUAUUUUCUGCUUUCAUUUCGAGGGAAUGAAUACGAACAUGAAAGAAGUUCACUUGGAUUUUGGGGUAUUAGGUGAAUAUGAUGAUGAAUUGGACGACGAAAACGUACAAGCACUAGCGCUUUGUGAUAUGCUUAAUAGUCUUCGAUCUGAGACCUUAAAAGUCUGCUCUUAUCUCCUUCAGGCGAUUCACGAAUCUGACCAUCCAAUGCAUAUGCUGAGACCCGUGAAGACACAACAUUUAGUGCUGAAAACAAAGUUAGAACCGAGGGAGUUCCAUGGAAUUAGGCUCUUUCUCAAGAAUUGCCCGGACUUGGAAUCCCUAACUUUUGAAAUGCUUCCUCCAAGCCCCAUCACGAGAUUUACAUCAUAUGAGGGUUCUGAUCCGCGAGUAUAUUGGCUGUAUAACAUAACAUACAAUUGUAUGAGGAAGACACUUAAAACCGUGGUGGUUAAGAACUUUAAGUGUGGCCCGAACGAGCUAAAUGUGCUCAAGUAUCUGAUUCGCUCCGGGAGUGGGCUUGGCUCUGGACCUGUAUUGGAAAAGGUCGAGAUUUUCGUGUCCAAUGGGUUGGACGAAAGUCAAAAAAUGUAUGCAUAUGAAGGAGCCGAAAUGUUGCAGCGAAUUUCGGAGCAUGUUCAGGUUUCUUGGGCAUAA